GUUACCGUUUUUUUUUUUUUUAGAAACAUCGAUUUUAAUUUGUAAUUGUUAUUUCUUGGUUAUCAACACGAAUCGGUCAUAGUUUUCAAUAAUAGUUACCCAGAUAAUAUGUUGUGGUUAUAUGUAUGCAGUAAGUUACCAUCGGAAUAUUGGAAUAUCUAAUAGACAACAAUUUUAAUUGUGCAUUUAUCAAAAUACUUAAAACAUUAUCAACGAAGAAAUUAAUUUUAACAAAGAAAAACAGAAAAAAUUAUGUAAUACCUUCUUAUGAAUGACGAAAAAGAAACUGGUAAAGUAACGGUUGUUUGUAAUGAUAAUAAAGAUAUCAUAAUGUAUUUUAUUAAAAUAUUAAUUAUCACAUAUGAUUUAAUUAAUACAAAUGUUGGGUCGGUCGUUCAGGCGUUUCAUUCGGCCGGUAGCACCGAUCAGUCGGUCACGUGACUAAAUAUUUUUGUCAAACCUCAGUAAAGAAGUUUAACUUCAAAAAAAAACCUGUUACAUGAUCCCUACCUAUAAUUUUAUUAUAUCGAUGCACCGGAGAUGCGUUACUGCGCGGCCACCAUAAUACUACAUUGAUAUUAGUGACGGUCGCACGUCAGCGCGUGGUAUAAUCGUCGGCGCAGCGUAAUAAUAUUAUUCAGUACGAUAAAACCGUUUCACAUCAUCGGAACUUUGGUAAGCGGUACGGCGACGCGUACACCAGACCCGCAGAGACCGCUUGUUCCGUCGAUUUCCCCGGCGACGGUGGGGGAUCAUCGCUGCCGCUACGACGACGAUACGAUGUGUAAGUCCCGCAUGGAUUACCUGAGCACGGUUGUGUUCCCGCGGGCCGUGGCCGACGGGGCAUUCGGGCCGGGCGCCGAAUACGUGUCGUUCCGUGCGGUCGACUGCGGCGGCGCGAUUUUGGACGACUACCAGUUCGCGUCCGACAUCGUUUUCGGCACGGUCACGUUGACCGGGUCCGAGUGGCCUGCGGGUGGAGUGCCCGUGGUGGUCAAGAUGAAGAACGCGGACGCCCGCAUGGCGGCCAUGAUGAACAUGCACGAAAAGUUCUACAACGAGUACGUGUUCUACACCCGUCUGCUGCCCGUGCUGGCCGCGAGCGCCGCCGACCCGGCUGCCGUGUUCGCGCUGUUGCCGCGGUUCCUGUACUCGAACGUGACGCUGGACGGCGGCACGGAUGCUGAACAGCAGCAGGUGAUCGUCCUGGCCAACCUGGCGCCCACCGGUUAUCGUGCGAACAACCAGAAGGUGUUCCUGGACGUCGAACACGUUGUGCUGGCGCUCCGCAAGUUGGGCGCCCUGCAUGGGCUGUCGUACAACGCCAAGGCCACAGACAGCAGCCGCGCGGGGCCGCCGUUCGCUGACCUCUGCACCGCGUCUCUGGUCGAGACUCAGUGGUUCAACGGACACUGGUACAUGAGCCCACGUUUCUUGUCAGGAACCGGUAACCGGGGCGUGAACGCGUUGCGCGACUCGGACACGGACGGAAAGUACGCGGCACCACUGGCCCGGGUGCAGGCCACGCUGAGGGGCGAGAGCGCGACGAUGAAAGCGCUGCUGCGGCCGGCCGAGCCGCUGGCCGUCCUGUGCCACGGCGACUUUUGCCGCAACAACCUGCUGUACCGGUACGACGCGGCCACCGGGCGGCCCGUGGACGUAGCCGUGAUCGACCCGGCGCAGGCGCGUUACGCGUCCCCGGCCAUCGACCUGUCGUUCUUCCUGUACAUGAACACGUCGGACGCCGAUCGGGUCGCGAACUGGGACGUGUACGUGGCCGCCUACCUGGACGGCGUCGCGGACGUGACGCCCGCCGGCCGGGCCGUGCCGCUGACCGCCGCCGACGUGCACACCGAGAUGCGCGCGCACGGCCUGUACGGUUACGCGCACUGUUCGUUCUUCCUGCCGGCCAUGGUGAACGCCGUGCCACCCGACGUGGAGCGGCUGACUAAGAGCACAUCCGACGAGCGCAUCCAGCUCAUCAAUGAGUCCGGCGGACAGGAGGCGGACAGGCUGCUCGCGUCCAUCUUGCGACACAUGGCCGACCGCGAGUACGUCUGACGACCAUCCGACGACCAGACAUCGACCACUGCGACCACUGCGACCAAUGCGACUGCGCAAGAGCAGCUACGUCACCUUUUUUUGUGAAAACCGUUUAGGGUGUGAAAAAGAUUCACUUGGACUACGGUCACAGCCGACAAAUCUUAAUUUAUAAGGAAGACAAAUUUUUCUAAGUCGUAUUUUUUUUUUUUUUGUAUCAGAUAAAACGAAUUAAUUACUUUUUUACGUUACGUCCAUCUUAUUGUAUGGUCUCAAUCACCCCAUUCGCAUGGGAUGUUCUGCCAGCAUAACAAUUCAUAAUUCGUUUUCAGGCCACACCUUACCUACUACUUUUGCUUAAAAAUAAUUUAUUGGAUUCUGUUUUUAUUUUUUUGCUUUUAAUUUCCACGUCCUAUACGGUUAUGCAACAUUGAUGUAUUUUUUGUGCAUAUUAAAUUGCACGCCAAAUCAAAUUCUGUAUCGUGUCAAAUCAAUAAAUAAGUAAAUAUAUUACAAUGAAAACCCUUUUUGUGUAAAUUAUUUUUAAAAAAAUGUAACUUUCUAAUGUACCAGUAAAACAUAUCAUCGUCUUCCUAAUCGUGUCUAAGUUUUGAUAAAAAAUCUCCUACAUCAAAUCCCUUAAAAAACUGGAUAUAAUAUCAUUGAUUCAAAAAAAGUUAGAGGUACCUUAAUACAUUGUUUUACAUUCAUUAUUUGUAGUGUUUUUCAAACUUUGAAUUAUAUGAAUAUAAUAAAAACACUGUGACAAAGAAAAUAUUGAAUUUCGUGUCUUGUGUGUAUGUACCUAUAUGACCAUAAUAAAUAUUACCGUAGCCUAAAUGCCGAGUGUUUCUUUUUCAGGCGAAACGGUUUUCACAAACAAUAUUAUUUAAGGGUGUGUGACUGUCUAUACUUACGUCAACGGAUGUCCACUACACCGUGUCGUACCGUUCCGUAAAAUAAUAUUUAACAUGCAGGUAACAAAACGUCGGUAUAGCUGGUAACCCGUCGACCGAGUUACAUAUUAUGACAUACAAGUGGAAUUUUUUUUAUAUUAAGCUCUACAAGACACGACCACACGGUAUAGUGUAAGCCCGGUCGAUGCUAUUACACCUGUAUAAUAUUGAUAUAGAUAUUUUGUACAAUACAUUUUAAUGUAUUAUUGUUAUAAAAUAGUACGUAACACUUGUAUAAGUAUUUGCCGUUUGGUGCCAUGUCUUGGCGACUGUUAUAUUAUUAUUAUAUUGUACUUAACACGAUAAUAUAUACGACGGUGCAGUUUUCUGUUUGUUGUCAUUUGUAA